AAUCUAUCUCGUGAGUACCUCCGUUUUUAUAUUGCGGAUAUUGCGGAAUGUUCCACAAACGUACAUAUGCACAUCUAUGAAGCUUAGGGAUCAAAAUGAUAUCGACCGGCAAGUUGAACGGCGGUCUAUGCUUGCAAAGUUGGCUUGUCAGCGCGGCAUUUUGAGUCAUCGUAUGAAUGAGUGUCAAGUACGCCCUUGCUCUGAAAGCAAGUAUAAAUAUGUCAAGUUUUCCUCCGUUGUUUGUCCAUUCACCGUACUACCAAACGAGUUCUCUUUAAAUUACAUCUCUUCUCUUCUCAUCGCCGUAUUCUCACAUCCCAUACAAUCGCCACAAUGCAACCACUCGCAGGAAAAGUCGCCCUUGUAACCGGGGGAAGCAAAGGAAUCGGUCGAGCAAUUUGUCUUCGUCUCGCACGUGAUGGUGCAAUAGUAGUCAUAAACUAUAGCAAUGACUCUUCCGCAGCAAACGAAGUUGCAUCACUUAUCGGAGAGAAGAACGCUAUGGUUAUCAAAGCUGAUGCCGGCAAUAUUGAAGAUAUUUCAAGAAUGGUUGAUACAACGGUUGAGAAGCACGGAAAGAUUGAUAUCUUGGUUGCCUGUACUGCAACUAUGAAGUUGAAUGAAUUGGAAAAUGUCAGGGGCGAAGAAUUUGAUCAGACGUUCGAUUUGAAUGUCAAAGGUCCUUUGUUUCUCGCCCAGAAAUCCGUUCCUUAUAUGACCCACGGUUCCCGCAUCAUACUCUUCUCCACAACACAAUGCCAUGCCAGCACAGUAGCACCACAAUACCUAACAUACAUCAUGUCGAAAGGUGCCAUCGAGCAAAUGACCCGAGCUCUUUCGAAAGAUCUAGCACGCAAGGGUAUUAUGGUCAAUACAGUUGCGCCAGGACCAACGGCGACUGAGUUAUUCUUCAGAGGCAAGAGUGAUCAACUUUUGAAGACACUUGCUGGCUUAAAUCCUCAGAAUAGGAUUGGAGAACCAGACGAGAUUGCAGACGUUGUGGCAUUUUUGAGUAGUGAGGCAUGUUCAUGGGUGACGGGUCAGACACUUCAAGUGAAUGGUGGAAUGGCAUAACUGUAGGGCACACUAGCAAUUAGACUCGUUUUUCUAUGCGCUUAGCGAGUUUGCAUUCAGUGCGGUAUGCUUAAAAUACGAGGGCCUUUUGAUCAAGAAACAGGAACAUCCAAUUCUACCUUUUCUAGUUAUUAUUAAAAGCCAGUAGUCCUC